AUGGAAUCAGUUAAAAUUCCAAACUUCAUAGCUGAAGAUGAAAAAGAACCUAAAAGUAUCAGUCUCGGUGAAGAAGAACAAGAAGAAGUUGAUGAGGAUGGAGCUAACAGUAUGGAUCUAGAAGGAGAUGUGGAAGAAGAGGAAGAGAAGAAGCAUAUAUGUUUUGAAUGUGGUAAAGGUUUUCAGUCAGGUAAGGGUUUAGGAGGUCAUAAAAGGAUUCAUGUGCUCGAAAAUCAGAAGAAGUCUCGUGAAUCCGAAGUUGAUUGUUGUGUUUGCCAUAAGAAGUUUACAUCAGUGAAGGCUUUAUAUGGACACAUGAGGUUUCAUCCAGACAGAGGAUGGAAAGGAGUUUUGCCUCCUCCUCAUCCACUUGGUAAUUCAUCCUCUUCUACACUCUCUAUUGAUGAUCAUGUUGGUGAAUUUACAAGCUCAGGUUAUGAUGAUGAUGAUUAUGAUGCAAAGGAUCAGAUUGAUGAAUCAGAUUUGAAGGAUAAUAUUGAUGCAAAGGAUCUAUUGCUAUUAGCUACUACUGCAGAAGCUGUUAAUCUCGAUGUUGUAGAGACUUCUGAUUCACACUCUGCCGAAGAGAUGACUAUAAUGAAGAAGAAGAGAAGAUUAUCUGAGAUAGAGAAAGUAGCAUCAUCAUCUACUCAUGAUGAUCAUCAGCUUGGUGAUGUUGUUGCUGCCUCAGCAGGAGAGGAAGGUGGUGGUGCACGUGAGAAGCACGUGUGUGUGACUUGCAACAAGUCAUUUAAUUCUUAUCAAGCUUUAGGAGGUCAUAGAGCAAGUCACAACAAGGUCAAAAAUUUGGAGAAUCAUCAAGCUAAGGCAAACAAUCAACCUUUGCUUGGGACCGAAGCAAUGAUAACCGGUUUAGCUAGUGCUCAAGCAUCAAAGACAUCUUUAAGGAGUAGCAAUAAUGGAGAUCACAUUUGCGACAUUUGUCAUAAAAGUUUCCCAACAGGUCAAGCUCUUGGAGGUCAUAAGAGAUGUCAUUGGACUGGACCAGUCUCUAGUGAAGCUGCAACCGCUCCAGCAGCAACAUCUUCUAGUCAAGUAACAGAGACAGUGCAAGAGGUGAAGAAAAUGGAGUUUGAUUUGAAUGAGUUGCCACCUGACGAUGAGUAUGGAGUCUAA